GGGAAGGGGCCGCUAAGGGUCACCACCUCUCUCAGACUCAUUCUCCUCCGCCCAGCACCACCGCCGGCGGCGGCAGCACAUGGCUUCGCUUCCUCUGGGGCCUCAUUCCGGUGAGGGCUUGAAAGCGGCAACUGCGCGCUCGGAGAUGACCGACGACAAGGAUUUAUCGGCCUCUGUAUCGGUUGUGGAGGGACCUGAUGCAGUCACUGGUCAUAUAAUUUCAACGACUAUUGGAGGCAAAAAUGGUGAACUGAAACGGACUAUCAGUUACAUGGCAGAGCGUAUUGUUGGGAAUGGUUCUUUUGGGAUUGUCUUUCAGUCAAAAUGCUUGGAGACCGGAGAAACAGUGGCUAUAAAGAAGGUUCUACAGGAUAGACGAUACAAGAACCGUGAGUUACAGUUGAUGCGCUUAAUGGAUCAUCCAAAUGUCGUUUCUUUGAAGCACUGUUUCUUCUCUACAACAAACAACAAUGAGCUAUUUCUCAAUUUGGUGAUGGAAUACAUCCCUGAAACUGUAGAUCGAGUUCUUAAGCAUUACACUAACAUGAACCAAAGUAUGCCACUUAUACACGUGAAGCUGUACACAUACCAAAUAUUUAGGGCACUGGCUUAUAUACACAAUGCUGCUGGUGUUUGCCACAGGGAUGUAAAACCACAAAAUCUAUUGGUGGAUCCUCUUACCCACCAACUGAAGCUAUGUGACUUUGGAAGCGCUAAAGUUCUGGUCAGAGGUGAAGCUAACAUCUCAUACAUCUGUUCCCGUUACUACCGAGCUCCAGAACUCAUUUUUGGGGCUACAGAGUAUACCACUAGCAUUGACAUAUGGUCUGCAGGUUGUGUUUUGGCUGAAUUGCUUCUUGGUCAGCCAUUGUUUCCUGGGGAGGGUGCAGUUGAUCAGCUUGUUGAGAUCAUCAAGGUUCUUGGCACCCCAACUCGUGAGGAAAUCCGCUGCAUGAACCCUAAUUAUAAAGAUUUUAGAUUUCCACAAAUAAAAGCACAUCCUUGGCACAAGGUUUUCCACAAAAGGAUGCCACCGGAGGCAAUUGACCUGACUUCUCGCCUGCUUCAGUAUUCUCCCAAUCUCCGAUGCACUGCUCUGGAAGCUUGUGCUCAUCCCUUCUUUGACGAGCUUCGAGAGGCUAAUGCUCGUUUGCCAAAUGGACGGCCUUUACCGCCGCUCUUUAACUUCAAGCAGGAAUUGAAUGGUGCUUCUCAAGAGCUCAUUGAAAAGCUUAUUCCUGAACACGUGAGGAGGCAAUCUGGUUUAAAUUUCUUGCACCCAACUGGGACGUAAAUGAUCUAUGAUAAUAAUCUGCUUUAACGUCAACCGAGGUUGGAAAGAUUCCUCAUGGCUACUGCAUGUUUUUGCUUUAGAGGAGUACCAGCUUCCAUAAGUGAUCAAGUUUAUCCAUUGGCAGCCCUUUGGUCUGGGACCUGGUUCACGCUUUGGAAGCGUGUGUUUGCCAACAUAUCUGGCUGUUGUAUAUUUCUCUGGUCAGAAAAGAUUUCUGACCAGUAACGAGCUGUGUAUGUAAUGGUGCGGACGGAGAGGGAUCUAGCGUCGAAGUUAAGAAAAAGGGGAUAUCUUGGUCUUGAUCGCGGGGAUGCUACAUGAUGAACUCGGGAAUGAAGGUUGGUGUUCUUCAUUUUCCUUUGUUGUCACGUUUUUUCAAGUUACAGAUUAGCAGUUGUAGUGUGGCUUUCAGACUCUUGGUCGAUUUGUGUACAUGCUUUCUCUUAUCAAUAUUUUUGAUGUCCAAAGAACGGAGAAACAACUUGUUUUAGUUGAUUUCCAUUUCUAUAUAUAUAUAUAUAUAGAAAUCGUUUGCUUUUAA